AAGGUUUAAAAUUUAAAUUCGGUCUACAGUUUCGUGGGUCGAAAAUUUAUAACCCAACGGUGUUUGCAACUCCUUGAGCCUCCUACAACAUUGGCGGAGAAACCGAGCUUCCCCUCAUCUGAAAUCUCUAAUUUCUGUCCCUUUUUCAGGGAAAAACGAUUCAAGUCGAAUUCUCAUCUGGGUCACCUCCAUUUCCUCUUUUAGUCCAACCUUUUUUUUUUUUAUCAAGUUCAUAACUUUAAUGAUCCAUAUAUUAUUGGUCCUUUUUGGAGUUUGCUUUUAGCGGUAAAAAUAGUGAGAUUGAUUAUAUAAAAUUGAUGUCUUUGGUUGAUAAGGAGAUAGCAAGCGUUGGUGGCAGUGGUGGAGGCUCUGUGGGCGAUGAUGGUGACGAUGAUGAAGAAGAAGAAGGUGGUGGGUCCCCUGGUAGAUGCAAAUGCGGUGAUGGGCAUACAAAGAAGCAGAGAGGGUUUAGGGGUAGUGGGUUGUCAAGAAAUUUUGGAAAGGCCAAGCAGGUGGUCCUGCAUCCCUUCACAAGAUCCAAGAAGCAAUUACCCAGAAAAAACAAGACGAGGGCUUCUUCUGCACCUUCUUGUUCUGUGUCUUUUUGUUCUUUUUCUUCAGGUAAGAGGUUUGGAGCUGGUGUUAAUGGCGGUGGCAAUAAAGGUUGUUACUUUUGUUUCACGCAACCCUCUACUCCGGGUUCACCAAUUGGGUCUCAGACCAGCGACCCAGAGCACCCGAAUUUCACUUUUGGGAUGUUGAGUGCUUUUAUGGAGAAGAAUGAUUUCUUUUCUAAAGAGUGUAAUCCCCACUUGGAUAUUGAUGUCUCCCCAAAUACUACCGAUUGAAGUAUCUUCCUACACCAUUUUGUUGUUGUUGUUGUGUGGAAGUGAUUGUUGAGAAUUUUGUCAAAAUGAAUUGAAGAGGUUGUGGAAGUUUCAUACUGA